GCGCUUCGUUUGCACGUUUAUAAAGCGCGACAUACCGGAAGUUCCUGAAUUAUUGGAAGGGAGAUAAUUCAUUUCAAGAUGACGUUCUUGAGACACUUUCGAGGGCGCCAUCUAGGAGUGCUGUGUGUAGCAGCAGGGGUUCCUGCCCUUGCCAUUCCCACUGUCCAUGCAGGCAGUACUUCAGAGGGCAACAAAGUCAAGAUCUCCCAGCUCCCUAUGUAUGAUGUCUUAGAGACGAAGUGCGAAUACACCUAUAAAGAAGCUCCACCAUCUAGUCUCCAGGAGUCUAUCUCCACUGUCAGACAGGCAGUGUGGGACUAUCUAGACUCUAUAAAGGACACAACUAGUUCACUGAAAGACAAGUUACAGGUUGGCAAGGCACACACACUGGAUUUUGUCACCUAUAUACAAGAGGACCCCAGCAUUCUGCCCAAGGCUAGUGUUAUCACAGUAGCAGGACUUGGAGGAGUCGUCGCAGGCUACAGAGGUGGAUUCCUACGGAAGAUCAUCCUAAGUGGAAGUGCAAUGACUGCAGCCGCUGCACUGUGUUACCCCAAUGAGGCUGUUGCCAUGACAACACAAGCAUAUGAUGAGGUGUAUGGCUAUGCUCGGUCAUUGUGGGAGGGGGACUCUUCCUCAUCUGAUUCUGGCUCAGCACAACCGGUGAAGCCAGCCAGUGAAUCCAGUCAGGUGAAGGUGGACGCAAGCCUGCAGGAUCACGGGCAGUCCAAGGCCGAGGACAAGGACCUCUACACCACCAGGGGGAGCAAGUGAUGACAGCCACAAUUAAUACUCUGUAGUGAUGAUGUGAAUGUAUAUAAAUAUGUACCAUGAUGUACAGUGUAUCAA